UGAGCUUAAAGAAAACAGUGGCGGGAAAAUAAAUAGUCUCAAACAUUUUGUUAUUUCAUUUACAAUAAAAAAUAUUAUAAUAACAAUUACUAAUAAUGUCUACUAGAUCAAAAAAGAAAGCAUUGCCUAGUGAAGCAAAAGACACAGAAGUUUUAAAAAACCGUGUAGAAAACUCUUGGAUUCUUCUUGCAAAGGAAUCAUUACUCAAUAACAGUAAUUUUAAUAUAAUAACGCUUCCUCACCCUGCACAUGGAGAUCCCACAAAGUAUUGUUUAGAUGAUGUUAACCAUAAAAUGUAUGAAAUCAUAACAUUCAGUGAACCAUAUCGUUCGUGGUUUUUAGAGGAUACCGUUAAAUCUGAUGGCAGUUUCUUAAUGAUGACACCAAUUAAUCCAUUUUUUUUAGUACUACCUAGAUUAAGGGAGCAAUGUAGCAAUAGAGCAAUUCCACUGGAAGACUUAUUAGCAGAAAAAGGUUUUGAUAAAAUAAUUGAUUUCGUUGUUAACCUAGAUACAAUUGCGGAUUUAAAGGGUCCAGCUGACCUAAAGGCAUACAAAUAUAAUGAAGAAAAAACCUUAAUCUGGCUUCAAAGUAGAGUACGUAAACUAGCUGAAAAGUUAAAGGAAAAAAAUGUACAUGUUACAUCAGGUGCUGUCUCUGCAACAUUUGUAUCUAGCAGUGCUAACAAUGAGCAUGUUGAUGAAGAGUUUUACCUAAAAUAUGCUAAUGGAAUAAUAUCGGAGUAUCUUGAAGAUGAUAUCAUUGAUAAAUUGGAAAAGUGCUUUGAUUUUAAAACUGAAUUAAUAGAAUAUAUUGGUAAUAAAAGAAAAUCUGAAGCUGAAGGUAUUGAAACAAAUAAAAGAAUUAAGCAUGAAACCAAUGAUGACUCAGAAGACAUUAAAAUGACCUUAAACAAUUCAGUAACAGAAAUGAAAAAACCAAAAACAUUAUCAGCAAAGGAAAAGGCAAGGCAAAAGGCUGCCACAGGAACAAAGACAAUAUCAUCUUUUUUCAGUAAAAAGUAAUAAAUCCUUGUGUAAAAUGAUAUGGUUUUAAAAUUUAUUAUAAUAAAUGAAA